AAACUCUGCACUGAAGUCCUCUCAUCAUGGAUGCCAGCACCAGACCCUUCAGCCUGACUGGCUUAAAGGUGACCCCUUCCCUGCUGCACCCUCCUCCACCACCACCGCACCUUUUCCUCCGGGCUCCAGUGCUGGAGCGAGGAUACCCUCGGACUCCCAAGUGUGCCCGGUGCCGCAAUCACGGCAUGGUGUCCGCCCUUAAGGGACACAAGCGUUUUUGCCGAUGGAGGGACUGCGUGUGCGCUAAGUGUACCCUCAUAGCGGAGAGGCAACGGGUUAUGGCGGCGCAAGUGGCUCUACGAAGGCAGCAAGCACAGGAGGAAAGCGAGGCCAGGGAGAUCCGUCUUUUGUACCCUGCAGGAAGGGCGCCCGCCACUGCUAUGCCUGGGCAGCCUGUGGGGUCACCACUGGGGCCCGAGAUGCACACUACAAGGAGCCACUCAUCUGAUUUUGAUGUUUUUAGAACAGAGACUACCAAAGAUGAUGACAGCCAAAGCAAGUACGCUUACAACGCAUUCAUGGUCCAACCGCUAGCGGCGACACCCACCUCAAGGCUAUCGACCCCAGAUAAGGACAAUUUAGUAACAGAUCAGCGCACAGAAAGCCCCACGUCGGUAUCUUCCGAUGCGGAUUCGGGUAGCGAGUCGGAGAAACCCAAGGACUAUCGCUCGGAAAGUCUAGAUCAGGAACCAGCUGACAUCUUAGCCAAGAUCUUCCCCCAUCAGAAACGCGACGCCCUUGAGACUACAGUGAGGUCAUGCAAAGGCGACAUUGUGAAGUCUAUCGAGUUGAUGCUAACCGCCAAAGAUAGUAAUUCGACUCAGAAGCCACCGCAGGAAUCGGCGUUCUCGCCAAUCUAUAUGCCGCCCGUAGUUGGAGAUUAUGGGCUAACCCCCCACCUCGGAGUCAACCCCUUACGACUUGCUUACUCCACCGCGGCAAACGCUAGCAUGGCUGGUUUUAUGUCACCGUACGUGACGUCGUCCGGACUGAUGCCAGUGUUUCCGCUACGCCCUCCAUCCUUGGACGCGUACUCAUUUCCCGGUGUGAUCCGAGACCUUUCGUACCUUCAGAGUAAAGAGUUACUGUGUAGCGCCAGUCUGUACAAACAUCUGCAGAAUGACAAGUGAUGCUUUUUAAAGACAUUUCUUGUUUCGGGUAGCAAGUCAAACAUCAAGUCGACGGUGUGUUUGUGUACAUGUUGUAAAAAAAUCAUUUGUAAUUUGAAUAAAACUUUAUAAAGCUGA